GGAGGGGGCUUCGCGGACGCGAGCUGGGCCCCGCUCGCCAUGGGGGAGGUGGAGAUCUCGGCCAGGGCCUACGUGAAGAUGUGCCUGCACGCCGCCCGUUACCCGCACGCCGCUGUCAACGGGCUAUUGCUGGCGCCAGCGCCGCGGUCGAGAGAAUGCCUGUGCCUCACCGACUGUGUGCCCCUGUUCCACAGCCACCUGGCCUUGUCUGUCAUGCUGGAGGUCGCCCUCAACCAGGUGGAUGUGUGGGGCGCGCAGGCCGGGCUGGUAGUGGCAGGGUACUACCAUGCCAAUGCAGCUUUGGACGACCAGAGCCCUGGGCCCUUGGCCUUGAAAAUCGCUGGGCGGAUUGCAGAAUUCUUCCCUGAUGCAGUACUUAUUAUGUUGGAUAAUCAGAAACUGGUGCUACAGCCUCACGUGCCCCCAGUUAUUGUCCUGGAGAGCCAUGGUCUCUGCUGGGUCCCCAAGGACAAGAACCUAGUGAUGUGGAGGGACUGGGAACAGUCCCGGCAGAUGGUGGGAGCAUUACUAGAGGGCCGGGCCCACCAGCACCUUGUGGACUUUGACUGCCACCUGGACGACAUCCGGGAGGAUUGGACCAACCAGCAGCUCAACGCCCAAAUCACCCAGUGGGUUGGUCCCACAAAUGGAAACACCUGAGCCAGGGCCAAAGGGGAGGCUCAGGAUGCAAUAAAGAGACUUGGGCUGUUGGAUGGUA